CUAUUCUGUGAUCGUGUCUUCGCUUCUGCCUCCACCACACCGACAACCUCGCGGAGGAGCUGUCAUCUCAGUGGUUAGGAUGCUUUUUGAUGUGAAUAGCGACAAUGUCAAAGCGUAUGUGAUGAACGACGCGGAAGUGGCGGAAAGCAGUCUGAUCCCGCACGUCUUACCAAUGGAGAUAAUCUGUGAAGCCUUUCUCCUUGCCGCCGUACGGAAUCCUGGGACUGCAGCAAAGCUCAGCCUUGUUUGCCAGUCUGCACAUUUUUGGAUGCUUCCUGCACUAUAUUCGACUGUGACACUCACAUCCUCAGACCAGAUUGUGCCCUUUGCGCGGUCACUCAGGGCUUCCACCAUACAGGUCGAGGAAGGCAGCGCCGAACGCUCUCUCGGCUCAUACGUACACCACCUCUGGUUUGGGCCUGUAAGCUCAGCCGCCGAGCACGACCUCUUUUACGCCUCUACUGCGUGGCCAGUCACGCUCUUGCAUCAGAUUCUAUCGCUUUCCCAGAAUCUCCGUGCUCUCGCCUUUGUCAAUGUCGCACAGCACCUUCUCUUUAGAUUCGAGGAGGUAAUUCCGUCCACAGUGGAGUCCAUUUACCUCGGGCCGGUGCAUGGGCGCCUGGACAUAUCGAAAUUACGAUGUUAUCGGAAUCUGCGACAUCUGACGAGCAUGGACACGUAUAUGAAUGACUGGGAAAUCCAGGAGAUCGUUACAUCGCCUCAUCUGCGCGUAUUUCGCCGCUUUUUCAGCACCUCGGCCAAGAUUGCUUUUGCGUUCGACCAGCUGCCAGUUAUGAAGAGGGUGAAGACGUUGGAGCGCUUGGAGAUUAUCAAUUGCGACGAGACCGCUGGAUCCGCCGCGCAGACACUGGGUCUGUGUGCGGCGGCGUACUACGAGUUCGCAGACGCGCGGAUCCUGCUGACUGGGAAGUCCAAUAUCAGGAAAGGGCGAAUGGAUAUCAUGGCCACUUUAUAUGACGAUUGGACUCAAUCGCUCGGCGUAUGUUCCCUAGAUGGGACGUCCACAGACGUCAAUGCUGUGUCUCGGGUAAUGGAACCGCUGUGAGUGAUGGUGAUGUUGAUGAUGGAAUUGAAGGCAUGUCUAUCGAGUCGAAUGCUCUUGCUUAUGUCCUCGAGCAUCUAUCUGUACAUAAACAUUCGAAUUUAUGAACUACUGCAAG